AGAGAGAGUUGCCAAAGUGUAAUGCCCGACAUCAUUAGUAAUCUUCCCCAUAAUGUAAUCGACGUCAUUCUGAUACGUAUGCCUUGCAAAGAUGCUGUGAGGACAAGUGUUUUAUCAAAGAAAUGGAGGUAUCACUGGUGUAGACGUACGGAGUUGACCCUUGAUGAGUCUCUAUGGAAUAGAGAGGAUUUAAACCCUACAGUUAGAUUUAGGGAGAUCAUCAACCAGAUCUUGACCAUUCAUGAAGGGCCCAUUACUAAGUUUACCCUCGACAUCGUUCAUCUAAAAAGGUCUCCUGAAAUCGACAACUUCAUACUAUUCCUCAGGAAUCACAUUCAAGAUCUUGUUCUGCACCUUCCAUUGGGAAUUCAAUACACAGUGCCAUCUACCCUUUUUACAUGUUCGCAACUGAGGCAUCUAAAUCUUUAUUUUUGUUCAAUUUAUCAUCCAUCGGCCUUUGAAGGAUUUGAUAAGUUAAUCAGCCUGGAACUAUGUGGAGUCUCAACUUCUUCUGAAUUGCUGGAAAGUUUGAUAUCUCAUUGCCCCUUGCUUGAGAAAUUGGAGAUGUCUAUUUUAGAAGAUUUAGACAUGAUUGAAAUUAAUGCUCCUAUGCUAAAAUUGUUCACUUUCUCAGGCGAUAUAAGUUCUAUUUGCCUAAAGAAUGUCCCUCGUCUGGUAGAAGCAUCUCUGAUAGGUGACAUUGAACAGACAGAGAGUCUUGAUUUUGCAAAGAUUUUCGAGUCUUGUUCGGCUCUCGAGCAACUCAGCUUGAACUUCUUAAAUUCGGAGUUCAUUGCUGAAGAAGGAUAUAGAGUACCAAGAAGACUUCCAGUUAAUCUUAACAAUGUCAGGCGAUUUGACGUGCCUGACAUUUUGCUUGUGGAAUCAUAUAAACUAUCGUAUAUCAUUUGCUUACUGAGAAGCUUCCCGAAUCUUGAAUAUCUUGAACUGCAGGUUGUUGAUGAAGAUGAUAGUGAUACUGAUGAAGAUGAAGAAUUUACUGAAGAAUCUCUUCAACCUGAAACUUUGUCAGACCUGACAUUUAAUCACCUUGUGGAAUUUCAGCUUGGAAGCUUUAAAGGAGGUACAUCCGAGAUGCAGUUUAUCAAGCAUUUGUUAGCCAACUCCCCGGUGUUAGAGAUAAUGGUAAUCAAUCAACAGUUUCUAGAUGAGGAGCCUCUCGACACAAGAGAAAAAAUAUUCAAUGAGAUCUCAAAUUUUCCGCGUGCAUCACCUAAAGCAGAAAUCGUGUACAAAGAUUUUAGUUGA